AUGGGUAUAGAAGACCAACCUGCUGUCGAGGAGUCGACUGAGCCCCCUAUAUGUGGCUACGUCGAUGCUACACCGGGAACUCCGUCUGGCUUCAUAAACCGGACCACAACAACUAACAUCGUCAGUACCAUAGCUAAUUUCCCAAGCUCUCACCCUGACGAGGGAUCCGCAUUCUCUGCAGCAGGUGGGAGUUACCCCGAACCUCACAAGCUCGCGGUUGAGGAUCUAGAGAUCAUUUUCAACACCGACGUAAAGAACGGCCUCGACGACGAUGAGGCAGCUCGUCGCCUUCAGCAUGGUGGGCCGAACAAGGUUGAGGGAGCUCAAGGGUUAUCCAUGUGGAAAAUUCUCUUGAGGCAGGUGUCCAAUAGCUUGACAGUGGUCCUCAUCAUCGUUAUGGCCCUCUCAUUUGCCAUCAAUGAUUAUAUCGAGGGCGGCGUUAUCGCCGCUGUCAUCUCACUGAACAUCAUUGUGGGAUUUGUGCAAGAUUACCGUGCUGAGCAGACUAUCCAGUCUCUCUAUGCAUUGUCUGCGCCGACAUGCAAGGUCAUCCGUUCUGGGCAGGUCACCAACAUCAAGGCUGAAGCACUUGUCAAGGGCGAUAUCGUACUACUUAAUGUUGGUGACAUUAUCCCGGCGGAUCUUCGAUUUGUCGAUGGCUUGAAUCUAUCGACCGAUGAAGCGUUGCUUACCGGGGAAUCUCUACCUGUUAGCAAGCAUCCAAAGGCGAUUCUGGACGAUGCUAACGUUUCUCUCGGUGACCGCGUGAACAUGUUGUAUUCGGCAAGUUCUGUCGCGCGUGGUCGUGGAAAGGGAAUUACCGUCGCAACCGGUAUGAGUACCGAGGUAGGCAAGAUUGCCCAAUUGCUCCGCGCGAACUCUGGCUCGGACGAGAACGUAUCUCUGUUAGGCGCCUACUGGAAGCGCAUAAAGGCUAGCGUGCGCAGUAUUCUGGGUCUAGACGGCACACCCCUUCAGAUCAAACUAAGCAAGUUCGCCUUGAUUCUAUUUUCUCUGGCUGUCCUGCUCUCCCUGAUCGUAUUUUCUGCUAGCCUCUGGGAAAUUGACGAUGAAGUUUUGAUCUAUGGUAUUUGUGUGGGCGUUGCUGUUAUUCCUGAAUCGCUCAUCGCUGUCUUGACCAUUAGUAUGGCUGUCGGAACGAAAGCGAUGGCGAAAGGCAACGUGGUCGUAAGGAAGCUUUCUGCUCUAGAGGCCGUUGGGGGAGUGACCAAUAUUUGCUCCGACAAGACUGGCACCUUAACUCAGGGCAAGAUGAUCACCAGGAAGAUCUGGCUUCGUAAUGAAUCUAUGGCUACCGUUGAAGCUUGCACUGAUCCUUUCGACCCGUCCAGUGGAAUAAUCACCUGGAGUGCUCAAAAGUCCGGAUCAGCCGAUGGAUUGUCAAUCUCCCGGCUGCGUCCAUCGACGAGGAAAUUUAUGGAAUGUCUGUCUCUAUGCAACAAUUCAACAGUGACGGACGGGAAACCGGCACCGGAUGAGGACACUGCUGAGACCCUGACCACCUCAACUGCUGCAAUCUCGAGUUGGACGGCGGUUGGUGAACCGACUGAGAUUGCUCUCCAUGUUUUCGCGAUGCGCUUUGGCAUGAGCAAAGAAACCGUUUCUCAGACGAAUGGUGUACACCUUCUAGCGGAGCAUCCUUUCGAUUCUUCCUGCAAGCGCAUGACCGUUGUAUACUCGACCCCCGAUUCCGGCUCGGUCGACGUAUAUACUAAGGGCGCCUUAGAAGUCAUGCUGCCACUGCUUAACACAUCCGAUAGUACAAAGGCCGAGUUUAUUGCAAAGGCAGAAUUACUUGCUGCCGAGGGCCUUCGAGUACUUUGUAUUGCUCAUAAGACGGCCGAAGAUAGCACUGCCCUCAGGGAUGCGCGAGACGCUGCUGAAAGUGACCUCACGCCUCUGGGUCUUGCUGGUUUGUAUGACCCUCCUCGAUUGGAAUCCGCCGACGCUGUGAAGAGAUGUAGGAUCGCCGGUAUCUCGGUUCACAUGCUUACUGGUGAUCAUAUCAAAACAGCUACGGCAAUCGCGCGCGAAGUAGGCAUUCUUAGUAGCGGACUCAACGCCGCCGAGGCAGCGAGGGCUAUCAUGCCCGCCGCCUCAUUUGAUGCUAUGUCAGACGCCCAGAUCGAUCGCUUGGAAAAGCUGCCGUUAGUGUUAGCUCGCUGUAGCCCAUCGACAAAGGUACGCAUGGUUGAAGCAAUACACCGCCGUGGUGCAUUUUGCGUUAUGACCGGCGAUGGAGUCAACGACUCACCUGCUCUGAAAAAGGCAGACGUCGGUAUAGCUAUGGGUUUCAAUGGCAGUGAUGUGGCCAAGGAGGCCGCAGAUAUGGUUCUUACAGACGACAACUUUGCUUCGAUCGUUACUGCUGUCGAAGAAGGACGACGGUUAUUCGACAACAUCCAAAAGUUUCUACUUCACCUCCUAGUCUCCAAUAUCGCACAGGUCAUUCUCUUACUCAUUGGCCUAGCAUUCAAAGAUGAGGAUAAUAAAUCGGUAUUUCCGCUCUCUCCUAUCGAGAUCCUGUGGGCGAACUUGAUCACGUCGUCCUUCUUAGCCCUUGGUCUUGGUUUUGAAGAGGCGCAACCGGAUAUUAUGUUACGACCACCACAUGACUUACGCGUCGGCAUUUUCACGAAGGAAAUAAUCAUCGAUAAGAUGGCAUACGGCGUGUUCAUGGGCUCUCUAUGCAUUGCAGCUUUUACUUCCGUCAUCUACACUUCGAUGGAAGACGUCUACGAGGAGCCGCCGUGGUACGGCGUACUAGGUUCUGACUGCAACGCAGUAUACAAUGAGUCGUGCAACAGCGUCUACCGAGCUCGUGCGGCAACCUAUGCUACUCUUAGUUUCCUCCUGCUCUUCACAGCCUGGGAAGUGAAGCAUUUCACUCGCUCCCUGUUUAACAUGUAUCCGGAAAUCUACACCGGGCCCUUCUCGGUUUUCAGAACAGUGUGGAAGAAUAAAUUCCUAUUCGGAGCCGUGGUGGCAGGUUUCUUCAUUACCUUCCCAGUGAUAUACCUGCCGGUCAUCGAUAGAGCAGUUUUUAAACACCAAGGUAUCGGUAUUGAGUGGAUCGUUGUAGCCGCAUGUGUCAUAACUUACGUUGCUCUAGUAGAGCUAUGGAAGGCAGGAAAACGGCGGUUUGUCAAGGGCGCUGUCUACGGUCAAGCUGCUGCCGGUGAGGUCUAGGGAUGUUCUACAUAGCGACAAUCCCCUCUUUCCCUCCUCUUCCCCCCUGACCCUCCCCGCCUCCAAAAAAAAAAAAAAAAAAAAAAACCUCAUGAAAGCUUCUCUGCGGUGAGAUGUAGGGCGGAUUUAAGUUAUACCUGUGGUGCCGAAGCCGUUACUUUGGGAAGGGGAGCAGACAAACACACGUUCGUUUAGGAAUAGAAACCAGGAAACACGGGAUAGUGCGAGUAACAACAAUUCUAUUGUUAGCAUAAAUAGGCGAUAACUUUGCAUAAAUAUUAACUAUAUACAUUCCUUACCUUAUUGCAACAUGUUCUACGGUGUUUUUGCGGUGACUGAAAAAAAGG